CAGAGCAAAACCCCUCUUUCGCUCUCCCUCACGGCGAACUUGCGAUCGAGGAAUCCACCAAUGGGGCAUUUGGAGAAGCCACCACCGAACCCUAGGAUCGCCCCCACCUCCCACCCAGAGCCGGCGCCGCCCCCGCCUCCGACGACGUCGUCUGCUCGCCUCCCCGGCACGCCAUGGAGGGCCGCGCAGGACACACUUUUUCAAACAUGUGUUAGUGGCUCAGGAAAUAGUGUCGGCUGUCAGUACAAGCAAGAUUCAAGAUGUUUGACAGAUUAUGGCAACAGAAUUGAUAAUGAAGGGAUUGCCAAGAUAUUUCAUUCGUCAGAAAGCAACAACAAGGAUAGGGUAAUGGAAGUACUCAUAACUGAUCCAAACCCUGCAUCAAAUCAUGCAGUUCCUCAGGGUGAUGUAUAUUGCUACCGUGACUCUGCAAGUGAGAGCACUUUUGUCUUGACAGACACAAAAGCUCACUAUCAGUCUGGAGCCAUCAUUAUGUCCUAUGUUGAUGGUUCACCCAGUUUAGUCUCGGACACUCCCUGUGCCUUUACUGAAGCUUAUCACCACUUGAUGACUGCUACUGAUGGACCAGAAAUUGGUGUCUCUAUUACUUCCCCGCUAAGUGUCCCAUAUCAUAUCAAAACAGAAGUUCCAUCUGGAAUUAAUACACUACAGGGUGCAAACAGAGAUCCCGGAUUGCCUGUUGUUGAUAAGGACAAACACAACCUAACACCAUCUGGUGCAUUGUCAAUUGGAAAAGCAUAUGAAUUGAAAUUUAUGCAUGAUGAGGUAAGAGCAACACCAUAUGGAAGCUCAGAGGAGCGAGAGUUUCCAAAGACUCUGAUGGUUUCAGAUGUCUCAGGGCUCUCUUCAACAUCAUCUUGGGAUGAGAUUGCAACUCAGAGAUCUAUUCCUACACUGAGGAACUGCACUGAUCUUUGCAUCUCCAUACCUAUAGAGGUACCUGAGCGACAACAUAUAAGAAAGAGAGGCCCAGCACAUGAUCCUUCUUCAAAGAUCACAAAAAGAUCAAAGGUGAAUGGUAACACCUUAGACAGCAGGUCAAAAGAUGAAUCAAAGCAAUUGACACAGGUAAGAGCGAAAUCACAGAAAAGUUCAGAGGAGCAAGAGUUUCCAAACGCUAGGCUUCUUUCAGAUAUCUCAGUGCUCUCUGCAGUGUAUUUGGAUGAUAUUGCAAAUAAGAGAUUUGAUUCUGCGCCUAGCAACUAUGAUGAUGUGUAUGGAUCUGUGUCUGCGCCUGGCAAAUCUCUAAAUAUGGAAGCACUUGACACAAAUGUGCAUCUAAGAAAGAGAGGCCAACCAGAGACAUGUGACCGUUCUGUAAAAAUCACCAAAAGGCCAAAGGUGAAUGGGUCUAACACCUCAGAAAGCAACCUAAAAGAUGACUCCAGAAAACUGACGCAGGUCUUUGUUCAGUUCGGUGAUACCUGCAUCUCUUUGCAAGUCAACCUGGAAAAAACUACUGUGAGGGAAUUAAUAUUUUCUGCGAUGAAUAGGAAAGGCAUAAGAUCUUUUGAUGUAUAUCUCCUGUACUGUGGAAGAGUAUUAGAGGAGGCCUAUUUACUUUCAGUGUUUUCAAUUCCAAAAGAUGCAUCCUUCAGAGUUAUUCCUCGUCUGCGGGCUGGACAGGAUCAAAUGUUGAUCACAUACAAAACUUUUGAUGUCAUCAUUAAAGACAUGAAGCCUUUUUACAAGGUGCUUCUGCCAGUUAUUCUGAAGAAAAAGAAUGCAACUGGGGAUGUGUACAUGGUAUUCCUGUCACAGACAGCCAGGGUACUUAUUGUUCAGCUAUUGAUCUACCUUUCAUAUCUUCAUUCUGAAGGCUGGUGCUUCAACGGAAAAUUUAAAAUUACAAACUUCGUAUUCUGGAAUGGCAAUGCUUUGAUGCAUCCAGAUAUUAGAAAGGUUAGAGCAACUGGAGCUGGGUGUCAAAGAGACAUGGUCAAAUUAGGUGAAGAGAUCGAAAAGAUGUUCACGAGAAGUAACUUCCCAACAGGUUUUGGUCAAUUGCCUGGUUAUGUUAGCCACUUGGUUGGGCUGUUGAAAUUAUUUCCGAUUCACAAGUGGCAGUCCAAGACCUACAGGUUAUAUCUGAGUAACCACCCGGCUCUGCUAUCAUUCAACGAAAGGAUCAAUAAGUAUCUUGGAAUGGAUGUACAGUAUGACUUUAUGAAUGAUAAUAUAAAGCAGGCCUUUUCUACGGCUGUUGGGGAUUUUGGAGGUUGGGAAAAAAAUAUAUGUGAUGUGGAGCCUCUUUUGGACACAUACUGGCAUAAUCCAAAAACCAGUAAAAAGUCUAGGUUUGAUUCAGAAGGGGUUUCUUGGUUGGCUGUUGGAAGAAACUUCCUUAGUCACCCUAAUGAAAAACGAAGAGGCUUUGGCAGGAAAUCAGCUGUCCCAGUUGGUUUUACCAAGGAGGAAGCAGAAGCAGCACUGGCCUACUACUGGAAAGACAAUUUGGCUAAGUUUUUGUUGAAUGUUAUCGACAAUUUUAAACCCCCAGCUAACAUGGAUAUCAAACUCUUGUGUGGCAAUGACCUGGUUGAUCCUGACUCGAGAGGUGGCAAAUCUGGUGGGACUGAACUAGGUGAGGUGCAGUCUUAGUUUGUCAAAUUAUUUGGGUACCAAGAUAUUUUUCUGAGUACUAUGAUUGGGUACCGAGAUAUUUUUCUGAGUGCUAUGGCUCUGGUGUUGCUUGUAGAAGAGUCCUUUUUGGGGGGAAAGACUACUUGAAAAUACAUAAUUACCACUACUAGUUCAGAUAUGAUUUGCCAAUCUAUGUACAAAUUUGAUCUUACCAGCUUAAACUGUUAAACAAAGGUGCGAUCUGUAUAUCC